GUACUAUUAGAAAAACAAAAUAGAAAUUAGGAAAUAGGUUUCUGAUUUCUCUUUCUCGCCACCGUUCUCCGUCUCUCUCUCUGCCCUCUUCCGUUUCACUCUCUCUCGGUCUCUCUCUGCAACCGCCGGUCGCCGCCGCCCCCGCCUCCUCCGGUCGCCCGUGGCAACGGCCUCACCGCCUCGGACAUCUCCGUCAAGCGCUGCGAUUUGCAAGCGCCAAGCAGGCAGCACAGCAGCAGUGCGCCGCCCGGCCCUCGCCGGCUCGCCCCGCCCUCGCCGGCUCGCCCCGCCCCGUCUCCUUUGAUUGACAGCUGCAGUGCGACUGCGCAGCGCCGCCCUCACCUAUUCUUUCCCGCGCCCCGCCAACUUUGGCCUCGGUGCCUCCGUCCGGCGACUCCGCAGCAACAGCCGUUUCCAACAAAAGUGGCUGAAUAAACUCCAUACUGAAGAAGGUACAGACAGUCAUGGAGAAUAAAGGCGGCUCAAAAUUAAACAUAGCGAUUAUCCACCCUGAUCUUGGAAUAGGUGGAGCGGAGAGGUUAAUUGUUGACGCUGCUGUAGAACUCUCAUCUAACGGUCACAAUGUUCACAUAUUUACGUCACAUCACGACAAAAUGCGCUGUUUUGAGGAGACAAUUUCUGGCAUCUUUCCAGUCACUGUGUAUGGAGCUUUUCUUCCCCGACAUAUUUUUUAUCGUCUCCACGCAGUUUGUGCUUAUCUCCGGUGUAUCUUUGUUGCUCUUUGUGUGCUAUUCUUAUAUCCUUCUUUUGACAUUAUACUGGUGGAUCAAGUCUCCGUUGUCAUCCCAUUGAUGAAGUUGAAAAGGCUAUCUAAGGUAGUAUUUUAUUGCCAUUUUCCAGAUCUAUUACUGGCUCAACACUCGACCAUUCUUAGGAGAAUCUAUCGGAAACCUAUAGAUUUUUUUGAAGAAAUGACAACAGGUAUGGCUGAUUUGAUUCUUGUAAACAGCAAAUUCACUGCAUCUACAUUUGCGAAGACUUUCAAGCAAUUAAGUUCACGAGGGGUUAGACCUGCCGUGCUUUAUCCAGCUGUUAACGUGGAUCAGUUUGACAAACCUAGUGCUACUAAGUUGACAUUUCUUUCAAUCAAUCGGUUUGAAAGGAAAAAGAAUAUCGAACUAGCUAUUUCUGCUUUUGCUAUGCUCUACAACAGCCAACAGGAGUUCCUACAAGGUGAUGACAGAAAGGAGCUUUCUUUGGUUGUUGCUGGUGGCUUUGAUAAACGGCUGAGGGAAAACGUUGAGUAUUUGGAGGAACUAAAAAGCUUGGCAGAAAGGGAAGGCGUCUCUGAUCGUAUCCAAUUCAUCACGUCUUGUUCGACACCCGAAAGAAACACUCUUCUUUCGCAGUGCCUCUGUGUGCUCUACACACCUAAGGACGAGCAUUUUGGCAUCGUCCCGUUAGAAGCCAUGGCUGCCUACAAACCAGUAGUCGCGUGCAAUAGUGGGGGUCCAGUCGAGUCAAUAAAGAACGGGGUGACAGGAUACCUCUGCAAGCCUGCUCCGCAAGACUUCUCGGCUGCCAUGUCUAAUUUUGUUCGGGAUCCUCAGUUGUCGACAACCAUGGGUGUGGAGGCGCGGGAGCAUGUGGUGCAGUCAUUCUCUACCAAGACAUUUGGUCACCACCUGAAUGCGUAUGUUGUCGAUACAGCUCGUAGAAAGAAAGAGUGAAGAUAUCAGCAAUGAAGAUUGUGAUAGCUGACUCCAUAAUUCUCCUUUACUCUUGUACAACUGUAACUCUAGCAUCUUCGAAACCAUACAAAAGUUUUGCUUCCUCUUCAA